AAGGAAAGUGUUCACUGGUUCGUCGCUAAUCGGAUCAAGCAGUAGUGAUGAAACUUGCUAGCUAGCUUGCUAAUUUUACCGUCCGCUUUAGACAUGGAUCUGUGACAGCUUGUGUGACAGUUGUGGUUAAAGUAUCUAUGAGCAGAGACUAGUCUAGAAAGUCAAAAGUUAUGUUUGUAUGUGCACCAUAUGUAACGUUAUAGUAACACUUACAUGAUUUACAACCAACGGAGCAACAGCGACAUUAACAUGUUUAAAAAGACAAGAAAGUUGGAUCAAGUUUCUGUGAAGACGUGGGUGUUGUGUCUGCCUUGACUUUAUUUGGUUUGAAGUAGUCGAGUUUCAAAUUAAAAAUGAAAUGGCGUUAAUUAGCUACAUGUCAGGUUUAUAAUGUUUUAAAGGAGUGGGUAGACGUAAUGUAGGCCUACCAUCUUUUCAUUUUCAUUUUAUAACCUAGAACAAUUAUUUAAACAUGACAACAUCCUCUUGUACCGAUACAUAACAACACAAAGGAUUUUUUUUCUACAAUAUUUGGGGAUAAACAUUUUGUUUGUCCAUCCACUUAAAUGGUCCUAUCCUGUUUUCCCAGAAGUUUGUUUCAAGAAGCCCAAAAGACUUUCACAAAUUGUUUUUUUCGUGAAAAUUAGCAAAACUUUGUAAUAAGCAGUUCAUUGGUUUAUUGUUACAUGUUUCAUCUUUCAUUGCAGUUAACUCAUAUUCACAAAAUGCCUGAUGUCUUGGGUCUUUUGCUUAUUGUCAUUGUGAAGAUUUGUUUUAUGCAUAAUUAGUAUAUGAGCACUUACAGUAACUUCUAAGGAGUGAGAUUGAUCAAGUGCUGUUCUCAGCCUGAUAUUUGAAAUGCUUGUAAAUGUUAUUUCUUUGUGCUGUUGUUUUCAAAUCCAGUUGUAUACAGGGAAGUAAGAGGCUUAUUGGAUCUUUCUCUCUGAAUUCACGGGCAAGUUGCUACUCGCCUUGUGCUGCCUCACUCAGGGGGGGCUCUGACUCCCAGUCCUACCUUCAGCAGUUUAGCAAUAGUGGAGGACAUUUUGGCAACCCUUUGAACAGUUACAUUCGCCAUUAUGAAGGUUUAUCAUAUGACACAGAAGUACUUCACAACAGUCACCAAAGAGCAAAGCGGGCAGUAUCAAUGCAAGACCACAUCCUCCAGCUGGACUUCCAAGCCCACGGACGGCAAUUUAACCUGCGAAUGAAAAGGGAUACAAGUGUAUUUCAUCCAGAUCUUAAAGUUGAGGUUUCUGGGGUUGAGGUACCGGUCGAUACCUCACACAUCUACAGUGGACACAUAUUUGGUGAAAAGGACACAUUAACCCAUGGGUCAGUGGUUAAUGGCCGAUUUGAAGGAUUCAUUAAAACCCACCAAGGAACAUAUUAUGUUGAACCAGCAGAGCGAUAUCUAAAGAACACCAAUGCAAACUUUCACUCUGUCAUCUAUCAUGAAGACGACAUUGAUUAUCCACAUAAGUAUGGCUCAGAGGGCGGUUGUGCGGAUCACUCUGUCUUCGAGAGGAUGAAGAAGUAUCAGGCAUCAGCUGUAAAGGAGCCAGUCAAAAAUGAGAACUCAGCAGAAAGUGGCUAUGGCCCUGUCAUUUUCAGAACAAAGAGGGCAACUGGACAAGACAAAAACACCUGCCAGCUCUUUAUCCAAACAGACCACUUGUUCUUCAAAUACUAUGGCACAAGAGAGGCUGUGAUUGCUCAGAUCUCCAGCCAUGUCAAAGCUAUUGAUUCAAUUUACCAGGCCACAGACUUCAUGGGCAUUAGAAAUAUUAGCUUCAUGGUUAAAAGGAUUAGGAUAAAUACUACAGAUGAUGAAAAAGACAAAACUAAUCCCUUUCGCUUUGCUAACAUUGGAGUGGAGAAGUUUUUGGAGCUUAACUCAGAGCAAAACCAUGAUGACUACUGUUUGGCAUAUGUCUUCACGGACAGGGACUUUGAUGAUGGAGUGCUAGGUCUAGCUUGGGUGGGCGCCCCCUCAGGCAGUUCGGGGGGUAUCUGUGAGAAAAACAGGCUGUACUCAGAUGGGAAAAAGAAAUCUCUGAACACCGGUAUUAUCACUGUGCAGAACUAUGCUUCCCAUGUCCCUCCCAAAGUGUCUCACAUUACUUUUGCUCAUGAAGUUGGACACAACUUUGGAUCACCUCAUGAUUCUGGAAUAGAUUGCACCCCUGGAGAAUCCAAGCUACAGAAUGAGAAGGAGCGAGGCAACUACAUCAUGUACGCUAGGGCCACAUCUGGGGACAAACUCAACAAUAACAAGUUCUCCAUCUGUAGCAUCCGUAAUAUCAGCGCAGUUCUGCUGAAGAAGAAGGAUGAGUGCUUUGUUGUUUCUGGUGAGCCAAUCUGUGGAAAUGGACUUGUGGAGGCAGGAGAAGAAUGUGACUGUGGCUACAGCGACCAGUGUAAAGACAUUUGCUGCUAUAGUGCAAAUGAAGAAGAGGGCAAACGCUGCAAAUUGCAACCAGAGAAACUCUGCAGUCCCAGUCAAGGCCCUUGUUGCACUGAACAAUGUACAUACAAAGACUCAAGUGCCAGUUGUAGACAUGAGUCUGAAUGUGCACAAAUGGGAAUGUGCAAUGGAGCCACAGCUCUGUGUCCUACCUCAGAACCAAAGGCCAACUUCACCUCAUGCAAUUCUGAAACACAAGUCUGCCUCAAUGGAGUCUGUUCAGGCUCUAUUUGUGAAAAGUAUGGACUAGAGAUGUGCACUUGUGCCAGUCAGGAUGGAAAGGACGAAGCUGCUGAACUUUGCCAUGUUUGCUGCAUGGAGAGAACAACCCCAAGCACCUGUGCCAGUACAGGCUCAGAGAGAUGGGAAAAGUUUUUUCACAAAAAUACCAAAACACUGCAGCCUGGCUCUCCCUGCAACGACUAUAAGGGCUAUUGUGAUGUCUUCAUGAGAUGUCGUCUAGUUGAUGCAGAUGGACCGUUGGCAAGGCUCAAGAAAGCAAUCUUCAAUGCACAACUCUAUGAGAAUAUUGCAGAGUGGAUUGUGGCUCACUGGUGGGCAGUCCUGUUGAUGGGUAUUGCUCUCAUAAUGCUUAUGGCUGGCUUCAUCAAAAUAUGCAGUGUGCACACACCCAGCAGUAACCCCAAAUUGCCCCCACCAAAGCCUUUACCAGGUACAUUAAAAAGAAGGCGGCAACAGCAGCAGCAAGGCCAGCGCCCUCAUCAAUACAGAGAGAACUAUCAAAUGGGACAGAUGAGACGCUGAGGUGCUUCCCUCAUCAUUGCCUUGGAUUUUCUAUGUGCCUACAAUGAGAGCACUUCUCUCCAAAGAUUUUUGUAAAAAUUCAAAGACCUUUUUUUGGACUAAGCAUGCCUGUUCAUGGAGACAGAACAGGGGUUCAUACAGCUUUUAUAGGAAAAAAAAAAAAAGACACUUUUACAGGAGGAGAGAUGAUAUGCAGAUUCAAUGUUGAUCGUUACUUUGUGCUCUUAAUUUUUUCCUUUUAUUAGUUUAAUCAAAUGGAGGUGAAAGAGAGAAAAAUAUUUGCUUUGUCUUUGCAUACGUCUUCUUCUUUCUUGCACCUGUUGCACGAUCAGCACCAAUAUUGGAUUAGAAGUCAGAAAUCCACAAUGACUUUUACUUCAAGGACUAUUUUUUGCCAAGAUAAUUAUAUUUUUUUAUUUGAUUUCAAUCCUAACUUUGUUUAAAAAAUAUUAAUAUUAACAUAUACAAAACAUAUUAACUCUUUCUCAGGAUUUAUAAUGCGCUUACAGACACAGGAUUGCAUGCACAUUUCAAGUUCCUCUAGAGUCACUUAAUGAUGCUUGUUUAAUGUGUGUAGAUGCUAGGCUGAUUACAAGUGCAUGUUCACAAAGGCAUAGUGCAUCUACUUUACUCUUUAGCUCUGUUUACACAUAACAUUCAUUGCUUCAUUGCCAACUGACACAUCAGAGUUUAGCUUAACUGAAUGAGAGCAUUUUACUGAGUAUCUUUGAACAGUAUUGCCUUUUUCUGGAAUGAAAAUCUUUAAACUGCAACAACCAAAAGCAACUGUUGUGCAACAGUUUUCAAAAUGACAAAAUUAACUUUCGGGCAGUUGGCUACUAUGAAAUAGGAUUUUUUUUUUUACCUUGUUUUGUUAGUGGACUUGAGUGAGUCUUACUUGUAUUGCUUUUUCUGCUAUUCUAAAAAGCUGUUUAUGUGCAUCUGUCAAAUUAUAUUUAAUACUAUUAUUGUGUGCUGUUGGCGAACCACCUCUAUACCCUAGCCACUGAACACUGGAUUUUUGUGCUGGUAUGUCUAGAUGCUGUGUUAAAUUACAUUGUUUUAAAGGUGCCUACCUAAAGCAGUGUGAGUGGGUAGUUACACUGAUGCCAGGCAACUGUUACUUAAGAAUCUUAAUGGCAAUUAUAAUGACAGUGGCUUUAGUCAAAACUAACAGUGGCUGAUUGAUUUUAUCUCUUGCAAAAGACAGUUGGUUUGAUUUUAUUUGGGAGGAAGAGGGGUUGAAGAAAUAAGAGCAAGUGGGCUUCUGUAGUUUCUCUACAUCUGCUCAUUGCACAUGAGUUAUAUUCUAUGCAGACAGCUCAAUAGUGUAUUUGAGCCUCAGAGAGACAUAAGAGAAAUAUGGACUACCGUUUUAUAUUCUCACCGUCUUUCAGCUUGUCUUUUUGGUGCUACUUUUGCUUUUAAUUCAGGGUUUCUAAUCAAUGGGACAUUUUGCUAAGUCUUUACUCGACCUGGAGUUACAUGGAAAAUUAAGUAAUUUAGACUUGGGAAUGUCUUGGUUGUGUGUGUUAAAAAUUGCACUGAGAACAAAAGUAAUACAAAUAUCCAAAAAUAACUUGUGACUUUUAACUACUGUCUUUAUUGUUUUAAUUUUCAUGUCUGUUUGGAUGUUUAUUUGUUCUUUGCUGUCUGCUUAUACUUAAAAUCCCUCGAGUUACAGGGAUCUACCACAAUUACUUGAAUGAAAAAAUAAACCAAAUCUUUACCAAAAUA